AUGGCAUCCGGGCCCAUGCAACAUUGCUGCGUUGUCGGCGUAAAGCAUGAAGGCACACCUCAAGGAGAGAUCAAAUACAUCGACAACAUCCGCACAUACAUCACCUACCCCCCAAACAACAACGACGGCUACAACUUCAAACCAGAAAACGCCAUAAUCCUCAUGACCGACGUCCUCGGCAUGGACUUCCCCAACACACAACUCAUAGCCGACCAAUUCGCGCAAAAUGGCUACCUAACCCUCAUCCCCGACGUCUUCAACGGGAACGAAGUAUCCUUCCCCAUCUCUCCAUCCUUUAGCUUACAAGACUACAUCGCCACGAAAAUGCCAAGACCAAAGACUGUGGAUCCGAUCUACGAAACAGUAAUCAGGUACAUGAGGGAUGACCUGGGUAUCAAGAGAUUAGGGGGCGUGGGGUAUUGUUUCGGGGGCAAGUACGUGUGUCGGUGGUUAAAGUCCGGAGGGUUAAAAGAAGGAGGGUUAGACGCGGGCUUCAUUGCUCAUCCGAGUUUUGUCGAGGCAGAUGAGGUCAAGGGGAUCAAGGGGCCGUUGAGCAUUGCUGCUGCAGAGAUUGACGAUAUCUUUACUGUCGAACAUCGCCGCUCGACGGAGGAUGACCUUAGAGAGAAUAAUGUCCCAUACCAGAUGUUUCUGUACUCAGAUGUGGAGCAUGGGUUUGCGACAAAAGGAGAUUUGUCGCAUGACAAGGCGAGGUUUGCGAAGGAACAGGCGUUUCUGCAGGCGGUGUACUGGUUGGAUGAAUACGUAAAGAAGGGGCCGGGAGUGUAG